AUAAAGAGAGAGAGAAAUCAAAGUGAGCUCGACGGCCGGGAUCCACCACUGCAAUUGUGACGCGGUCCGAGAUAUGGUCGUCGCUCUAUCUCCGUCAUCCGCUGCUCAAGCCAGGAGGAAGGCAGUUAGGGCAGACGAGGGGAACGAGACGCGGAAUCGGAUCAGGGGCUGGAGACGCGAGCGGAGAACGACGACGCAGCAGAGCAACCGGCGACGACUUUUUCUUCAACCACAACUGCCGGCGGUUGGCUGGCUUCUUCGAUCAGCAUCUGGACACAGAGCAGAGCCGGCGGUUGGCCUUCAUCGUCGAUCGGCUAGCAGCGAGGCAUGGAGGUCCGAUUCCGAACUCAGUGAUUCCGGACGGGUCGUUGUCGUGUCCGGUUCAGUUCCUGUGCCAUGAAAACUCGAACAGUUUGUCGUAUAGCAUGAUUCCCUCACGGCCGCUCAAGCUCACCAUUCCCAAAUUAGACGGAUCUUUUUUAGAUUGAAGUGCCUGGGAAUGGAUGGUGGCGGCUCUGAAGAAGGCAGUGGAGGCCGCUUUUAGUCAUUUACCUUGCAAGGUAUCAUGACUUCAACGGCUAAUCAAUCUGAAAUCGAUGAUCUUACAAUUGAUGGUAAUACAACCACUGAGAAAAGUCAUGAUGAAGAUCGAUGGAACAAAGAUGAUGAAGCUAAAAGCGAUGAACUUGAAGAUGUAGAUAGUGACGAGCAUUAAAGCUUUGGAUGAUAUCUUCCAUAUCAAUGUGUAUUUUAAUUUAGUUCACUUUGACUAUUAAUACUUUAGCUUAAAACGUACGCAAAUGAUGAACUAAUUUUGAGAUGUUGGUUUACUUUCUAGUAAAUGGGUUAGUUGUAA